CCGGCCGAGACUGAGGGAGCGCGUCAAAGAGCAGGUCCGCUUUUGACGCUCCGAAAAACGGGAUUUUGCAGAGAGCCCCUGAAGGCCCCGCUUUCCCCGCCCUCGCCGGCUCCUCCCCCUCCGUUUGCCGGUGCUUCGAGCCUCGGGAGCGGCCAGGAGGAGGCUAUAAGAGAGACCGGAGGGGCUCGUCGGGCGGCGCUGCCGGCCGACUCUUCACUCAUGCAGCGCCGUCGCCGAACGGGGGGAGCCGCGCGGAAGCACCGAGGGAGCAAGUGAGGCAAGGAGGAAGGACCCCCCGCUGCUACACCGCCACCACGUCCUCCUCCUCCUCCACCAUCGCCGCUCCCGAGUCAGCCGUCCCCUCAGUUAGCGCCGCCGCCGCCAUCCGCCUCCCUCCUCUUUCUACUCCUCGCCUCAGUCGGCUCGCCUAGAAGCGAGGCGAGGAGGGGGCGGACCAUGCGGUGGAAGCGGAGCCCUUGGAGGCCCUGGCGGCUUCCCCGGCGAUCCUUGCUGGCCGCUCUCUUCUUUUUCUCACUCUCCUCUUCGUUCCUCUACUUCGUCUAUGUGGCGCCCGGCAUUGUGAACACCUACCUCUUCAUGAUGCAAGCCCAAGGUAUCAUGAUUCGUGAAAAUAUGAGAACGAUAGGAGCACAGGUUUAUGAACAGGUGGUCCGCAGUGCCUAUGCCAAGAGGAACAGCACUGGAAAUGACUCUGAUUAUCCUCUUGAUUUGAAUCACAGUGAAAACUUUCUGCAAACAACAACUUUCCUUCCUGAAGAUUUUACUUAUUUUCCAAAUCAUACUUGCCCUGAGAGGCUUCCUUCUAUGAAGGGGCCAAUUGAUGUAAAUAUGAGUGAAAUCAGUAUGGAUGAGAUACACCAGUUUUUCUCUCAAGACCCUACUAUCAAAUUAGGAGGCCACUGGAAACCUAAUGACUGCUUGCCUCGCUGGAAAGUGGCUAUUCUUAUCCCAUUCCGCAAUCGUUUUGAACAUUUGCCGGUUCUCUUUAAACAUCUUAUUCCAAUGCUGCAACGCCAACGUUUGCAAUUUGCAUUUUAUGUCAUUGAGCAAGCAGGUAAUCAGCCCUUUAAUCGCGCUAUGCUCUUUAAUGUUGGCUUUCGGGAAGCUAUGAAGGACUUGGACUGGGACUGUUUCAUCUUUCACGAUGUGGACCAUAUACCUGAGAAUGACCGUAACUAUUAUGGAUGUGGACAGAUGCCAAGACAUUUUGCUACUAAGUUGGAUAAGUACAUGUAUAUCCUUCCAUAUGCUGAAUUUUUUGGUGGAGUGAGUGGCUUGACAGUGAAACAGUUCAAAAAAAUCAACGGCUUUGCAAACGCGUUCUGGGGCUGGGGUGGAGAGGAUGACGACCUUUGGAACAGGGUUCACUAUGCAGGCUACUUGGUUACUCGACCAGAAGGCGAUACAGGGAGAUACAAGUCAAUUCCCCAUCAUCACAGAGGGGAAGUUCAAUUCUUAGGAAGAUAUGCACUGUUGAGGAAGUCCAAAGAGAGGCAAGAAUUGGAUGGCCUCAAUAAUUUGAACUAUUUUCCAAAUAUUACAUAUGAUUCUUUGUAUAAAAAUAUAACUGUCAAUCUAUCACCAGAGCUGGCUCUGGUGAGUGAAUACUAAGAGAAUAUGAGAAGAGAAUGUCAAGAGAUGGUUUUAUAGAUGUCUCCUGGACAAGAAUAAUCUUGUGUCUAAUGAAGGAUCACAGUGUUUUGAAGAAUAAUUUUUCAAAAAUACGCACAGAGAUCAUCAGACUGUAGACAUAUUCACACUGUCAGCGAGUUCAGACUUACUUGCUUUUUGAUUUCUUUUUAAAAAGAACAGUGGUGUGACCUGCUGCUUUUGUCCCAGCAUUCCAUUUCUUUAAGCAAUCUCCAGUAACAAAUAGAAAUUGAAUGUGCUUUCCUGCUCAUAAAACCAGUUUGGCUUAAAAGAAAGAAAGAAAGAAGAAAAGUCUUGGUGUCUUGACUUACGGUUCUGGAAGCUAUCCUGUAAGCAACUGGUGUCAAACUUGCAGCAUCGCGUUGCCAUCACGUGACAUAUUGCGACGUUUUUUCCUUUUGUGGAGCUGGGGUGGGUGUGGCCUCCGCGUGAGGCAUCCAAUCCACGGGCCGCCAGUUUGACACUCCUGCUGAAAGCUAUGGCCAUGAUUGGAGAUGAACUGCUACCUAACAGUGACACCAUUCUUUUGCAUUUGUGUUUGCAUUGGUUUUCUAAUUGACUUGCUUGAAGGAAAAAAGAUAUAUGUAUCUAUAUAUAUCUAUAGAUCUAUAGAUACACACAAUCACUUCUUAAAGAAGUAUAGAUGUAGAUAAGCUGUAUAAAUUGCUUUCCUUUAUUUUUUAAAAAAUGCAGUUCAAAACUGAAGUUGAAGGUUUACAACUUAGCAUAACUCAAGUAAGCCCUCAACUGUGCGAGCACUUCAGUACAUAAGGAUGACAUGCAAGUAAUUCUCUUCAGGGCUAUUUAAGCAGUUGUUAGUGGGAUAGAGACUCUCAGUUUAUUGGUUAUUUUGGAAACAAUAGCAGUGUUUACUGGAAAAGGAGGAAUCUGGCAUUGGGAGAGUGAAUUUUAUUCAUGAAAGUGCAAAGGCCAAUUGUAUUUUGGGGAUUGCAUAGUCUUUCUGGGUUUUUUGUUUGUUUGUUUGUUUGUUUUUGUGUGUGUGUGACCCAGUGCAUUUUGUCCCCGUAUUCCAAACUGACAGCAAAAACAUCAGUGAAAAUAUUUCCCUGUUUCAUCUUGGUAAGAGACAAAAAGUCUCCAGAAAGUUAACCAAGUUUCCACGUUGUUUGGUUAAAGUUUGCAAAUCAUUCAGUCUGUUGUUGGAAAAGUCUAUAGUGAUUUCUGUAACUUUAAUUGGGGGGGUAUGAAUAAUAUUUUGAUAUAUUUAUUGUGUAAAUGAAACUGAACUAACAUAGACUAAAACUGUAGGUUGAAGUUCUUGGGUAUGAUUACUAACCAGAAAAACAUUGCACAAGUACAAGUACUGGGAUAAAUGUAUCCAGACUCCAACUCUUAAUUAAAAGAAUGAAGGGCAUUGAGAUUAGUUUUUAAAAAUGUGAAUAUCAGGCAGAAUUGGUUGGUCCAUAAUCUCUAUCUAGUUUUUGUUUUAACCUACCAUAAUAAGUUUGUGCCUUUGUUUUGUUUUGUUUUUCUGGUUUAAAACCAGUCCAUCUCUUUAUAUAGCAUGUACAGACUUUUUAAAACCGGGGUAUUUACUCUGGUAAAACAAAUUGUUCUUUAAUAUAUAUUUAUAGAGAGAGUUUAAUGUGAAAAGUACUUUAAUCUCUUUGAUUGCAUUGUUGCCUUCAGUUACUUUAACUUGUAUAGGGUUGUGGUGGUGUUUGUUUUUUUAAGAUUUUGGGUUUGGUAGAUAUAUGACCCCCCCCCCCAUAUACAACAGUUGUGGAGGUGAUUAACCAGACCCAUUUUCUUGAAUCUCUAGAGCUAUGAAGGGGUGAGUGUGUGCUUGUGCGUGAAAGAGAAAGUGUGCAUCUUAUUGGCUGAUAUGAAAGGGCAGGAAGUCUGUUCUUGAAUUUGCUGAUAAGAAGGCUUUAAAAUGUUUCAUAAUAGUACCUUUAUGGUUGCUGCAGAGGGAAUAACUUCGCUUUUAUUCUUUUAAUGGCACAUGAAGCAAUAAAGACUUCUGCAUUUUGAUAAUUUUCAGUUGUGAAUAAUUCAUAUGUAUUUUUUUUAACUUGGAAGGCUAGUAGAAAUUAACAUUUUAUUUAAUGGUGCUUUGGUUGAGAAUGUGUUUCAAUCUGUCUUAAUUCACCUUGACAUUUCCAAACAUCUAUUUGGCAGUGCUGCACACACACAUACACAGAUAAACACACACACACACACACACACACACACACACACACACACACACACACACAAAGAGAUUGUGCACCCUUCUACUAUACCCCCUGAAUUACCUCUGCUAAGAAAUGCACUUGUUGAAGAUUGGUGUGAAAGAGUCAGUUUCACUUCUUAAUUAUUCUGGAUUGAUUUUUUUCUCCCAAAAAAUUAUUUUCUUGUCCUUCCUUUAAAAGCGUGGAAUAUCUUUUAAAUGUGCACUGUUGCUCUUAUCAGAUAAGUCAGCUAUUGUAUGGUAAAUGUAAUUGUUGGAAACAUAACUGUCAAGCGCAUGUAUUGUUAUGGUGUUUUAAAAAAUCAUUUAAAAUGUGUACAUUAAUAGCUGAAAUUUCAACAGAGUGCUCCCCAUUUCCAUCAGCACUAUCAGCUAAUAUUGCUAAGGGAUAGAACACUCAUUACAAAAAUGUAUGUUUUAUAUGAGCCAUGUGGAUCUUUAUUUGGUAAACCUCUUUUUUGUUGUAAAAACUGUUUUGUAUUCAGUUUAACAUCUGAGCAACCACUGUGCAUUGCCAAACAUCUGCUGUCAAAGAUAGAAUUGAAUCAUAUGUAAUUUCUUUCUUUCUGUUGUUUUGAGCUUCUCUGUGUUUUCUGUGAGGCUCCAGGGGUAUAUUUUUGCACUGAAAUCUAGUGUUAAAACACACAAUUUUCAGCAAUCCAUUGUAUCAUUGCAUUUAUGCACCUGUGUGUUUGUACAUUUUUGUAUUUGUUAACUUAUGAGUGAUUUUUUUCAGUAAAAAGAAUACAUAUUCAAGAACCAAGAAAUGGUAAUGAUGUUACUUUAUUUAUGAGUGAAUUACUAACCUGCAGUUCAGUGUAGUGAAGAGCCAGAUUUAUAGGCAUGCCUUAAUGCACAAUUGGAUCAAUUUUACAAUUUAAAAAAGAUAAUGCUUUUAGAUAGUUAAUUAUUUGACUCAGUUUCCUUUCCAUUACAGAAAUCAACACAUGAACUUCAUUUAUUAAACUUAUUUAUAUUUAUAUGAAAUUUAACUUUCAAAUUUCUGCUUUAUAAAGAAAAAAUUGCUUCAUUUUUUUUAAAAAAAGAUCAUAUAAACAAAUCAGAUUACUCAUUAUUUGUACAAGCGCCUAGAUAAUUUCAGUAGAAUGUAUGAAAUAGAAAAGGCUUUCUAUUCCCUGAAGUUUAAUUUAUCAAUGAUUAUUGUCUUCGUUAACCUAUUUACUGACAUUUUAAAUUGGACCUACCAAUUUAUUCCCAACAUUUUCAUAAGUACCUUCUUUGGAAAGUUUCUUGGAUCUAAAGGUAGGAUAAUUCCAGUUCUUAGCACUUAGGCAUAUGCCACUUCAUGGUGCUUUACAGCCCUCUGUAAGCAGUUUUACAGAGUCUGCAUAUUGUCCACAACAAUCUGGGUCCUCAUUUUACCGACCUUGGAAGGAUGGAAGGCUGAGUCAACCUUGGGCCGGUGAGGAUCGAACGUCUUGCAGAAUUAGCCUGCAAUACUGCAUUCUAACCACUGUGCCACCACAGCUCUUCCUUAUCUUCCUGCAUUAAGCUUUUUAUUCAUAAUAUUUGUGCCCCAAAUUCUGAGUAUUUAUAUAAAAACACUUGAAAUCCUUGUGACUUGGUGUGGUCCUUCUUGUAUUUGCAUCCUUGUCAUUGGUUGCCGACACAUCCUGCAUACUCCAUUCAGUUCCAUUCCCAGUACCAUUUCAAUUUAAAGUCCUCUGGAUCAGGUUAGUAAAGUACUUUUUAAACACCUUCUGCCCAACUCUUGUGCAGUGUAGCCUAUCCUCUGCCAGGACUCUCCUGUCUUGGAAACAUGUUUUCUUAUUAAAAUCUAAACCAUUCCUGUUAGCCUUGUCUGUGUAGCCAGAUAGCUACACUUCUUGCUCUUAUUGGGCCACGUCCUUGGAUGGAUGGAAGGAAGGCAGGCAGGCAGGCAGCAGGGAAACAUCAUCUGUGUCCCAGCUCUAUCACCUUUCUGCUAUUACCCUUUGUUGUCAUAGCCAUCUUUAAGGAUUUGGCUGGCUGUGUCAUAUAGACCAGAGGAUAUUUAUGCAUGCCACACCUUUCUUAUGAUCAUUGCAACAUCCCCAUAGUCACAUGAUCAGAAUUCAGCUGCUUGUCAACUGACUUCUAUUUAUGAUGGUUGCAGUGUGUCCCAGGGUCUUGCAAUUCCCUUUCACAACCUUUGGACAAGCAAAGUCAAUGGGGAAGCGAGAUUCACUUUAACAAUCACAUUACUUAACAACUGUGGUGAUUCACUUAAGAACUGUGGCAAGAAAGGUCAUAAAUGGUGCAAAAUUCACUUAACAACUGUCUUGCUUAGCAGCAGAAACUUUGGGCUCAGUUGCAAUCAUAAGUUGAGGAUGGCAUUAAGUUGGAGGUGAAUUGGGCUAUUUGCAUGCACAAUGUCUUAAUGCUAAGCUCUUUUCUGACUCCAGAGACUGGUAUGAGAAGGGAUUAGCUGGUCUCUGUUUAAUACUUUGGGAGUUUAACUAAUCAGAUUAUCCAGCAGUAUGAAUGUAAUUAGAAAGGAUCUAUUAGCUUAUGGAGCCUUGUGCAUUUUUAUCAUUUCUCUUUUCUCAGCUGAUGAGCUUGUGAUGUUUUGCAUGAGUUAUUUUACUUGGGGGGGGGACUUGUGGUUUUCAAAUUGUGCUUUUUUUGUUUCACUCAUGACCAUUUUUGGCUUUCUGCAUCUCCCAUUUACACACUGCACAAAUGCUUUCUGUUGCUUUUAAAUUGUAAUAUAUAUGUACAGCAAUAAUGAUCAGCCAAUACCUGUGACUUCAGGAAAUUGAAUAAACCAAAGAGAUACACAAAUGCUAUGUACUGUAGUUGUGAUUCAGAGAUUUACAGCCUAGAUAACAAGGUUUAAAGUAAACGUUUAAAGCUUACUUCAAAAAACAAGCAAAACUUGCACAAAGAAGAAAAUAAACUAUUUUGAUAAGUUUCACGAUAUCAGCGAUUUCUGAUGGGAUGAAUGAAGGAGAGGCUUCUGAAUGGAGGCUGCACAAUGAGGGUGUUGCAGAAUU